AUGUGGCGUGGGCUCAACAGUUUGAGCAGCAGGGCCUGCUUCAACAGGCUGACACGGCGUACCAGAGAGCCAUGGAGAACCAAGCUAAGCCAGCUGACACUGUCCACAGGUGACUUGAAGUAUUGUGUUUACCUUUCCAUGUUGAUGUUUCCAUUGUUGAUACAUUUUAAUGUAUUCAAAGGCUAUUCCAAACCAGGACUUCUGGAAGUGGGACAGGGGCUUCAGGUGAGACUGUUUUUGUGUGUAUUUCUUCCUUCUGGACUGGUUCUUUGGCUGUGGAAUUCAUAAAAAGAAACUAAUUUUUCCACUAUCUAACCUGUGUUUAUGAAAACAAAAGCUGUACAGAAUCUUCUUCAGAAUUCCAACUUGGUAAAUCAGCUGCAAUCCCACAGAGAGCCCAGCCCACAGUGCAAGGUGAGUAACUAACAUUUUUUGUAGUUUCAAAAUUGGUAUACAUUGGUUAAUGGCCAUUUCUCAUGUGUUGUUCAUAAAAAGUGAUCAAUAUUUCUUUUUUUUGCCACAGGACCACAAACGUCUGUCCCAACUCCCUACAGACAGAACCGUUCGCAUGUAAGUCAUUAGACAGAAUACCAAUAAUUUUUCUUGUCCCUUCAUUAAUAUUUUAGGAACGUUACAUUAUAUUCCCUCUAAUGAAAUUACUCUCCCAUAGAAUCUCCCGGUCUGAAAAUGUGGUGGUAAAUAAACCCAAUCAAGGUCCGGUUGUGUGCCUGCAGACAGUGUCGAUGUACCGUACGGAAGACCUCGUCUGCGAUGGGUCUGAACAAUGCUUCGAGGAGGUCAGAGCCAGACGAUACUUUGAGACGCAAGCAAGAGGAGAAACAGAGAGUUUGGUAGGAUCAAAUGACUUCUUAACCCAGCGCUGUUCCAUCGCACUCCUCUAAAAGAGUAGAAAUGCAAGGCUGGAUUUUACAGUGUAGUCAAGGACAUCAAUAUGAACUGGCCACAUGACAUCCUUUACAGACACCCUUCAUCUAAAUCAAAUGCAUUAACAGCUGGUUGCAUAACGUACUACCACAGGGCUAAUUGUGGGUUUUGACCAACGUUUUCUUUGUGUUCUGUAACCAGAGGAACGUCAGAGGUUGGUUAGAGAGCAGGAGGAGAAGGAGGUAAUGAAGAUGAACCGGAUGCUGGAGAGCAACCUCUGUGUGAGCUCUACAGGCCAGGGAAGCUCAGACAGUGCUCUACCAGUGCAGCAGGUGAGAGAAAACGCAUUGCCUUUUUAUCUUUAGUCGUUUCUGUUAUAGUUUCCCUAGUACCCUUUUUUUUUAAACGUUGGUAUGCACUUCUGUUUCAGGCACCCUGCACACCUGCAACAGGUCUGAAUCCUGAGUUCCUCCAACAUUCCUUUAGGCACCCUCCACUCUCGAGCAACCUCGGCAUCAAACCCACUCCAGGCUUGAGACUGAACAGUGGACAGUACCCCAGACAAGGCAUGGUAAGGGAACCUGAGGCACACCUUCAGUGUGAACGUCUCAGGGCUCCCAUCACAGACACUCUGUGCUCACAGAGAUCCAUUUCCCCAUCUGGACAGUUGGAGGAGGUAAACACCUCCUAUAGACGUUCCCUCCACAUGCCAGAAGCAGCAAUGGGUCACUUGCGUCAAUGUACAAAAGCUCCAAAACCAUUUGCAGUCACUCCCCAGGCAUAUUCUCUGCAAGCUCCAACCAGAACAAAACCCUAAGCCUUUCGGAUUGUCAUUUGGAUCGGCCUCACAGAAGCCAGCAGCCUACAGAUCUGACGUGCAGCUCGGUGGAGUUCCACGUCAGGGUGGCCACUCCCAUCUCAGCAGCAUUUUCCAGCAGCACAACGGCAGGGAUCAUCAGUAAGUUCUAAUGAGUCAUCAUGUCCCGAGAUUGGUCCUGGUUUUUCAGAUGUGUAAUUGUUCACAACCAGACUUAAUUACAUCUCUUAAACCGCUGCUGAGUCAGGGUGAAACGCCUCAGAGAUUAAGCUGAUUUAAUUUGUUUCUAAUUAAUUCGCCGUUUAUCAUCUCCAAGCUAAUCUUUUUUUUUUUUUUUUUUUCAUUGAGGUGUCUGUCAGUGAAGCUCCUGAGUCUGAGGUGAAAUUAGAUGGUGAGUAAAGGAUCGUAACCUGGGCCUGUUAUCCCCCUCAUUGGAAUCCGUAUGGGAAUUAAAAGAUUGUUUAAUCACACCGUCCCUCACUCGCUCCUAUUCUCUCUGGCAGUGUCACAGGGAGGGACUGGAAACCUGUCCCAUAUCACUCCUAAAACUUAUCUGGGACUGGUGCAAGCCACCCCGUCCAGGGUGCUCCCGUCCCCCACAGUCAACACACGGGAGGCACUUAUUUGUGACUCAGUCAUAAACCAUGUUGUGUUUACAUAUUGGUGAUUUAGAUGUCUAAAAUGCAGGGGGGGAAACAUUGUGUGGUGCUAUCUUCUACACCCAAUCACUUUUUUAGUGGAGAUAUUCUAUGGUAAAGACGGUACAACCAAUGGAGUCCUUAGUAUCUCACCUCUCUUUACCCUCACCUCCAGAUACUAUCAUGGACAUGUUCCAGGCUCCAACCCUCCUGCAGGAGGACCAGUUCCUUAGCAUGUCAAUGCAUCCGCAUCAGGCGGAGAAGAGCUUUGAUGCUGGAUACCAGAGAAUGGGUAAUUAAAUUCCCAUCUUAUUGGAACUUCUCAAAACCUUUGUUUAAGAGGUAAAAGCAAACAACAAACAAUAAAAGUGACACAUAAUGGCGGGUCGCCCUUUUUGAUUUUACAUACAGUGGUUAAAUGGUUUUUCUAUUAUUUAUAAUUUUUUUGUGUUAUGUUAUGGAGGCGCUGCUUGGUUCAGCGAGCCCCCCAGUGCAGUCCCUUUCGCCAUCUUUCAGGAUGAGAAUGACAUAAAGGAGAACUGCAGGUGAAGCAUUGCAUUUAUUCACCUGCAUCUCUUUUUCUUUGCCAUCUCUUUCAUUCUCAAAGUACAUUUAUAAACAAUGCAUUGUGCUUCUCCUGCUCCAUUUAGUGCUGCUACGGUGGACAAUGCCAAGCCACCAAGGGAAAUCCCUGUAUCUAAACCAGAGAAACAAAAUGUAAGUGCACGAUUACAUGGUGACAUACCCAUGUUCCUUCAACAAGGACUCAAUGUUGAUGAUGGUUGGGUUAUUUUAAGUUGAGUACACAAUGCAAACCUUUAUUGUUUCCUCUGUGUGUGUGUUUUUUUUAAUCAGGAAUCUCCGUCGGAAUUGAUACCAGAUGAGAGCACUAUGUGGGGAGCGCGAUACAACUCCCUGGCCGCCUGCCCUAACAGCACCAGAGACUUUGCCCUGUCAGCUCACCUGGUCUCCACGCCCUUCCAAAACAAAGCUCCUUACUCCUGGGACUUUGCGCCGGACCAAGGUAGCCCUCUGUCUGAGCUCAUACAGGAUGCAACCAACUGGUACCAUAGGGCUCUGGUCAAAAGUAGUGCACUAUAUAGGGAAUAGGGUGCCAUUUAGGAUGCUACCAUAGGCUGUUCAGAAAUCAAAUGCCCUCACCUGGCAAAACGUUUCUGUAGUUCAGAACAACAAUGUGGUCUAGAGCAAGUACUUUACCUAUUUUGUCUGUUUCUUUCUCCCUCUAGAAAAUGAUCACCCCAGAGGCUUUGGUGGUCCGGAAGAAGGCCCUUUACUACGACAGCCCACAACUCAGGUACUUACCGGUAACCCCCUAUUGUAGACUACCGGUAACUGCAGUGUACUGAAUAUGUUCACGUUGUUUGUUGGUCCAACGUUUUUGAGGUGUAGUCGAGAGUGUGUGGGUCAAACCAAUGCAGUUGCCUCCAUGGCGGUGAUAAUGACUUCCUCCGUCAGCCCUAUCAUAGAGCAGAGCCCACCUGAUGGGCUACCUGAGACAGGCGCUGAGUGCUCUAUGAGGGCACAGGGCUUUGCUGAGCAGGGCACCAUUGUGGGAGAAGGACUAGCCCAGGCCCAGCGAAGCCUGGCUACCUGCUCCGUGACUGAGGUGCAGCAUCAUGCCCCGGCCGCACUGUCCUUCAGAGACCAGACUGCCCCCCUGGCCCAUACUGAGGUGGCAAUGGCCAAAAGCCCUCCUUCCAAGGCCUCGAAGCCAGACUGGGAUGUCUAUGUGAGCCCAGAGCAGUCCUCAAAGCCAGCUUGUCCUCUCCCACAGUGUGACCCUGUGGCAGAGGCAUUCCUUUCAAAGAGCCAGAUCUAUGCCCUCAAGUCCAACUUUGAUGUCCCAACUUGUCCAGAGAAGGCCCCAACGCCUGCCUUCGAUAUCCCAAUGAGUCUGGAGUGUGCACCCAAGUCAGACUGGUUAGUGGUCAAAAAGCCAAGAGGUUGUGGUUGAACCCGACCUGGACUUGGAUGCCUUCAUGAGUUCCCGUCAGGGUCAGAGAACAGUCUGCAUCCCUCUGGAGACCAUGGACAUCCCCAUGAGUCCAGAACCACCAACGUUUGGCUUAGAUGUUACCAUGAGUCCAUUCCAGUCGUCAUCAAAGUUCAGAAUGGAUAUUCCUUUUAGUCCAGCUCCAGAGGUGAGGUACGGCGUGGAUAUUCCUAUGAGCCCAGACCAAGGUUCAAAGGUGAACAUGGAUGUGCCCAUGAGUCCAGCAGCUCAAGGGGCAGCAGCUGUAGAGCUGGUCUCCAACCCCUGGGAUGAGGAGCUGAUUUCCUCUCUGCUCUCCAAGCUGUCCACGCCACUCACCUCCCAGCCUAACUUCAUCACCUGGCAGUUCAAAGUCCCCAGCAUCGCACCCAAGAUGACCAUCAAGAUGGGUAAGAAAGUCUAUCUUUGUGUGUUUUACAGGCAGUGACAUAAAAAAAACAAUUUGAUGACCAUCCACAGGUGAAGGUUCCUUACGGGUUGACUGUGUACUCGGACAGGGUGCCUUUGCCACAGUCUACCAGGCAACUGACCUAAACGCCUCAGAGAAGAUGAUUUUAAAGGUAAGAUGGAUCUUGACUUUAUAUUAAUUUAAAAUGGUUGAAUCCCCUGACAUUUCAAUGAAAUUAGUAGUAAUUGUUUUGCCGCUGCCAUUAGUAAGGCCAGAGAACAUGGCAGGUUGAUAUGGAGCUGGCCCUCACAAUUCUUGCACACUAUUGGAUGAUUGAUUGUCAAUGCUUGUAUGCGUCUUUCUUCAUCUACAGGUGCAGAAACCAGCCAAUCCGUGGGAGUUUUACAUAAACUCUCAGCUGAAUGCCCGGCUGCAGCCCAGCGUGCGCCACCUCUUCAAUAACAUCCACUCUGCCCACCUCUUCCAGAACGGCAGCGUGCUAUUGGGCGAGCUCUACAACUGUGGCACCCUAUUGGUGGGUAGUAACCCCUCUUCAUCACCCACCAGGCUUUAUCAAUCAAUUAAACAUCAGGGCUACGUCCCAAUUAUAUCUCCUUCUUCCCAAAGUGUGCAAUGGUUCACUUCCAUUCACUGAUUUGAAAGGAAAGGACUGGUAUAAGAAAUAUUGUGGAAACACCCUCUAGCCCAUGCCUGCACCAAUCCAAUGCUUUUUUUGAUUUGUGGGAAGUAGUGAACAAGUUUAGACUUCAGGAGAAAGGAGAUCUUAUUGUGAUUCACCCAAGGACAGGCCACAGCAGAGCACUGAAAGGAGUCAAACAUGUUUUAUUGUUCCCCUCUAGCAUGCUGUAAACCUGUACAAGAACCUUAGUGACAAGGUGAUUCCCCAGCCUCUGGUGAUGUACUUCACUGUCUGCAUCCUGCACAUGGUGGAACAGCUGCACAAUAUCCACAUUGUUCACGCUGACAUCAAACCAGACAACUUCCUGCUGGGAGAGAGGUAGGGAUGGACUAGGGAGGUCCCUGAGUGUGUGUGUAAAGGAAACCUGUAUCAAAUCCUAAACUUAAAAUGUUCAACUGUGUCAUUUCAGUGAGAAAUCUUUUUUAUUUUGAGUAUUCUCCCUCCAGGCAUUUAGUAGUGGGUGGAUGCAGUACUCUACCAGGGAUUUCCAAUGUCUCUUCUUAACGGUUUUAAUUGUUUACCUGUUGUGCUUUAGGUUCCUGGAGAACAAGUCUUUUGACCAAGAUAAUCUGGAUCAUGGCCUUGCCCUAAUUGACCUGGGUCAGAGCAUUGACAUCACUCUGUUCCCAAAGGGCACGGCUUUCAAUGCCAAGUGUAUGACCUCAGGCUUCCAGUGUACAGAAAUGCAGAGUGGGAGACCAUGGAACUACCAGGUAAAGAGUGUUUGUGUGCCUGUGUGCGUACUUGUGUCCUCUUGUUCUGAUGGUGGAUGUCCGAUAAUACCUGUUGAGGAUAUUUGUGUUUUUAGACAGAGUACUUUGGAAUAGCUGGAACAGUGUACUGCAUGAUUUUUGGAACGUACAUGCAAGUAACACAGGAGGGUGGCGUGUGGAAGACAAAGUAUUUAGAAGGUAACCCUUUAGUAGGAGUGGUUGUUGUUUUUUACACAAUCCACAACUUGUAUUUUUUGCUCUCAGUAACCCCUUGAAUAUAUUUGUUUUGAUUUUGAAAACAUCUCCCCCACUCCACCCUAAAUCUGUCCAGAAUAGUUCAAAUUCACACUACUUUCCCUUUCCCCUUGUCUCUCUCUCCUCCAGAAAUCCCCACAGUGAUCUGUGGACAGAGUUCUUCCACACUCUGCUGAAUGUGCCUGACUGCAGCUCCCUGGCCUGCCUGCGCAGUAGACUGAGCACCGUGCUCCAACAGAACUACAGCAACAAGCUGCCAUCGUUGAAGACCCGCCUGGUCAUCCAGCUGAUAGAGAGCAGGUCGGCACGGAGAUAG